AGGAGCCGCGAAGAAGCCAAGAAUCUGUCCAAGAUACAGCACAAGAACGUGGUGUCAUACAUCGGAGUGGGAGAGUACAAGAAGAAUGUUGCCAUCGGCAUGGCGCUCAUCGUCGGGCAGAGCUACGACGACUACCUGCAGAGGCACGGUCCUCUACCUUGGAAGGCAGCAGGGGAAGACAUGAGGCAGGUGAUGGAGGGCAUGAAGGCUGUCCAUCAACUCUCCAUCCUCCAUCGGGACCUCAAGCCGUCAAACCUGAUGCGCAAGGCCAACGGCGACAUGAUCAUCGUCGACUUCGGCUUGUCCAAGAGCUCCACCAGCGCCAUCACAACCGCAGUCGGCACCCUCGUCGGUACCCCGGCGUAUGCGAGUCCGGAGCAGCUGCACGGCAAGGCUCCGACGGCAGCCUCGGAUGUGUUUGCGAUUGGCAUCAUCCUCUACGAGGCUCUGACCAACAGACUGCCGUUC